AUGUCUUGGGAAACUCCAGGUGGUGCUAAUGAAUGGGGAGCUGGUGAAGUUGCGGCUACCAGUGGCGGUGGUGAAUGGGAAACCCCUGCGGUUAGAUCUUCCGAGGAGCCUGCAGCCGGUGGUUUCAAUGACGGUGUCAAAACUGAGAACGACUGUAAUAGCAAUUACGGCGGUGGUGAGGAGACUGGAGGAGGCGGUGGUGGCUUCAGCGGUGACUGUUUCAACUGUGGUGAGGAAGGUCACGCUAAGGCCGACUGCACCAAUCCCGCAGUUGCCCGUGAGUUCACCGGAACCUGUCGCAUCUGUGAGCAACAGGGUCAUCGUGCAUCUGAUUGCCCAAGUGCUCCACCCAAGCUUUGCAAUAAUUGCAAGGAGGAAGGUCAUUCAAUCCUUGACUGCAAGAAUCCUCGCAAGAUCGAGCGCAACGAUGUCGAAGAUGUCGAAGCUGCAGUCGCUUGGGCAAACCUCAUCAAACAAUCUGAGGAAGGUGACUUUGAUGACAUGAAGGAAGAGGCCAUGAAGUACAUCAAGGCUUCUCCAGAUGCUACCUAUCCCCAACUGGAGAAAGCUUUCAGAGCCCAGAAUGUCCCCAUUUACCUCAUUGCCAUGGAGAAGGAACUAACUCAAACAUUCACAAACAUGGACUUACAAGGCCACCUUGACCGCAAGUACACUGUUUCCUGGCGCAAGUCAAGCAAGCAUAGUCGUCCCAAGGAGAAGGAGAACUGGCCUGCUACCCCAGAAGAGAACCUCGAGCGUCUUGCCGAUGCUGGUGAGGCAGUUGAUCGUGGUAUUCCUCUCUGUUCCCGCUGCAGCGAGCUUGGUCAUAUCUCAAAGCAUUGCACUCAGGAGGCAGGCGAGAGUGCACGAGUUCAAGUACAGUGUUUCAACUGUAGCGAGAUUGGUCAUCGUGUUCGUGAUUGCCCAAUUCCUCGUGAGGAUAAGUUCGCUUGUCGCAACUGUAAGAAGUCUGGACAUGGUUCUAAGGAGUGCCCGGAGCCACGUUCUGCUGAGGGUGUCGAAUGCAAGAACUGCAAUGAGAUUGGCCAUUUCUCUCGUGACUGUCCAACUGGUGGUGGUGGUGAUGGCGGUCUCUGUAGAAACUGUAACCAACCUGGUCACAGAGCCAAGGAAUGUACCGCUGAGCGCGUUAUUAUCUGUCGCAACUGUGAUGCAGAGGGUCAUACGGGUAAAGAAUGCCCAAAGCCUCGUGACUAUUCUCGCGUUCAAUGCCAGAACUGCAAGCAGAUGGGUCACACCAAGGUUCGCUGCAAGGAGCCAAUCAUCGAAGAUGAUGCUGCUGGUGGCUACGGAGAUAGUCACGGUGGUGGCGAAGUUGUAGCUGAUGCGGGUGGCUACGGCGACGGAGAUGCAGCUAACGAUGAGUAUUCCGCUCCCGCUGGUGGUAAUGACAACUGGGGUAGUGGCGGUGGCCAAGAGGUUGCAGCCGGUGGUGGUUGGUAA